CAUCAUCAUCAUCAUCAUCAUCAUCAUCACCAUCAUCAUCAUCACCAUCAUCAUCAUCAUCCGUCCAGAUGAACGGGGAACAGCCUCCUCCGUAUCGUCCUCAUUUCCCAGAGGGACACUCGGCCCCCGGUUACCCUCCAGCUCUCAUCUCUCAGCCUGCAGCCUUCCCUGGCUCGUCGUACCAGACCUUCCCUCAGACCUACGCAGGUGGAGGAGAUCACUCCUACUAUCACGGGCCCCCUGGGACGCCGGGGCUGCCGGGGCCCAUGGGCCCCCCGGGGGCUUUCAUGACUCAGCCCGGGUACCCGGGGUACCACGGUGGGCCCACAGGGGCCCCCUGCCACUGGGACGGUCCGAGGCCGUACGGAGAGCAGCCAAAACAGACAGUGUUCAUGGUGGACCAGCAGGAUGGAGGUGGUGGGGGCGGAGCUGAGAACUCGUGUCUGGCCGCCUGCUCAGCUGCUCUGUGCUGCUGCUGCCUCUGGGAAAUGUUGACGUCUCACCUCUGCUGACCUCUGACCUCUGUCUUCUCCGAGUCUCCCAUCAUGCAGCGGGGCCAGCGCCACGACACCAAUGCUGGGAUACUGAUUAUUAGCAUCCUGGAUGUGUGGACUGCUAAUGCCCCCUGUGGUGACUAGUGGUAUUAGAUGUUGAAAAGUCUGUUUCAUAUUUGUGAUGUCAUCAUGAUGUAAAGUCUGUGGUCAGCUGAGAACUUUACAUCACACUGAGUGGACGCCAUCUUUAGUCCCAUGACCAAACAUCCACCAUUAAAAUAAAAAGGUUCAAAACACAAGAAAUAUGUUGAAAUAGGAUGAAGCUGAUUUCAUCAUGUGACCUGAUCCCUGAGCACUGUCUCUUUAAGCUCCGCCCCCUCUGUCAGUGUUGUGCAUGAAUGCAUGAAAUAAAAAUG